UAAAAAACACAACGCUUGUAACACCCUGUUUUAACCUUGUGACGAAAUGCACGGCAUCAUGUUGCUUGUUUGCCAUCAGGUGGUCAGAGGACGGGACUCUUUUUCGUCGUGUUGUGGUUCGUGUGAUUCAUCUGCCAUAAACACACACUCACAGCAAAAUGGGUGGGCGUUUUAGCAUAUAUUUGCCAAGAAAUCCCGGAGCGAAGGUUUACCACCGGAUAUAUGGUGGCAAUCUCGUGCCAACCAAGGGCCGAUCGGCCUAAUCUCAGCUGGUAGAAGAAAUGGAGCAAACAUAAAAUGAAUAACUUACACUGCUAGAAAAUAUGCUUCCAAGAAGGAAACUAAACUUCCACUUCCAUCGGUCUUCUUAAUGCAAAAGAGGGUUACAAGAAAUUAAGCUUCAGUUGUAUUGUACGAUGGCCAGGACACGCUGCUUAGUGUGUGUAUUUGUAAACAGGGUAAAUUUUGUAUCACAUUACCCACCAGCAGCGAUUACGUAACGCGGACUGCAAAACACUUUGCGGUGUGGAAUAGCCUUGAAUAAAUUUACGUUUGACCAGGCGCCUCCAUAAAUACGACGUUGAUGAUGAGUAAGGAAACUACCACUUUUCUUACCGCUUUUGAGUAACGUUUGUGGUUUUUUGUUUUGUAUUUCAUUUACUAAAUUGUGUUAUAUUCACUUUUGAUUUUCUGAAUUGUUUUAUAUUAGCAAUAUUUAUCAAAUUCUCAAAACUAUUUUUUAAUAAAAAUCAUGUUUUGAGAAUUUUGUUUGCUUUUACAAUGUUAAAUAUAUUAUCUAAAUUUGCCUCCUUAAGUUUCCACAUGAUUAGGAAAAUGUAAACCAAGAAGAAUGCAAUUCUUUUAUUUUUUGAACAAAAGACUGGGCGUCUCCACCCGAAAUAUUAUUAUCUUUAAUUUUUUUAUUUUCUUGAAGAAAAUUGAAUCACUUUUUUAUCAUGUAACUUGUAAUAAAUGGAACAUAAUAAUCCAUUUGAAUACCAUUAUAAAUGGAAAUAUCUAUUCUCAAAAUAUGUUUAUAUUAAAACCCAUCUAUUCACAAAGUAUGUUUGCCGCCUGACAUCCAAUUGUUUCGUGUGUCUUUUUUUCUACUCUUUUUUUGUUAAUACAGUAGCUCAAAUUGAACCACCUUGCGUUUAAAGAUUUUCACUCCUUUUCGGCUUGCAGGAAACCCUCUCAAAACUCUCGCUCUCUUUAAUUUAAAUCCAUGAAUCAUUAGCAAAGUGCAGAUGUGUGUUUGCGUAGCGAGUGAAAGUUGUUAUUAAUGUACAUACACACAUGUGUGGGUGGGUAGCACUUGUGUGCGUCUGUAGUGUACCAUCAUUCCUACUUCGUCGUUAACCGGCUUUGCCCGGUUGCGAGCUGUUGCUGUGAUGAUGACGUCCCGGCCAAAACAACACCCUUCGCGAGUUCAGUUUAUAUUAUCGUUCGCUCAUCGUCAGUCAGUCAAACGCGUCUGUCAGGAUUUGCUCACAAAAAUGUACUACACAAAUCAACUCUCACUCGCUCGUUCACUCGCAAGUAACAAUCCUAUUUUCCCCUGUUUGUUUGCUAAUUCUCUCAUCAUUCACUUUGUAUUGAAUCUCUUUUCUCUCAAACAAGCUCACACAUUCUCUCACACUCUCUCUCUCAAGCGAGAAAGUAAGAAAGAAAUCUCUUAAGGGAAGAGACUGUUUUGGUGGUUGGCAACAGGAAGUGGUUGAUAGAAGAAUUGAUGACGAAAAUCAUCAAGAUUGCGACGCCGCAUACGUAGCCAAUGCCAACGAACGUUGUCGGAAUGCCGAUUUUACGUUGAACCCGGCCACACGGCACAAACGGGCGCGAGAUGAGAAGAAGCGACCAAUGUUGGGUGCUACUCGUUGCGUUAGCGAAUACGAUUUGAAGGUAACCAGAAAGAGAAGAGAACCGGAGAAGUGGUAAGGAUAUUAAGCGCUGUGUUUCUGACAGAGUCUCUGUGUGCUAGGGGGGAGAGGACCCAGUUGAAAGAGAUUCAAUUCGCGAGUCAGUCACUUUCCGGAUCCCGUUCAGUUCGGUUCUCGGUUUUUCCCGUUCAGUGCGUUACGUGUACGCAUACACACGCGCGCACAGAUACGCACACACACGCGUUUUGCACUACAGCCACUACAGAGAGAUAGGUCUUAUGUAUUGCAAAAAACCACAAGCGCGUGCUGUCGUCUGUUUGCGUUCAUCAACGCACCCCUACUAGUUUUCCACCGUUUUUCCUACCCCCGGAAACACAUUGUAAAAGUUUUUCCAAGUGGUAGCAAAAGGGCGAAAAGUUGAUAAAAGCAAAGAAAAAAAAAGAGACCCAUUUAGCGCGUCCCCAGUCGUGGAAAUAAUGUGACAAAAAUGGUCUAAAUAAUGUGUUAGUUUGUAAAAGUUGGUACCAUUGGCUUCAAACCUAAACCAGGUUGAGUUACAUGAAUGAAUGAAAGUGAAGCAAAGUGAUCACUCUAAAGAAAGAGAUACGUAAGAGAUACUUAUUGUGACAUUUAGUGCAAAAAAAUUGUCCUGCUAUAUACAACAUUCCGAAACCGAAUAAGAAAACACGUAAGCUAUCAGCGGAGCACGUUCGAGACGUGGCAACUAAAAUCAGGGAGGGAUAAUUAUCCCAACUAUUACAACAAAUGUGGCACGUGAUCUGAAAAUUUGUGCGGCUUUUCCUCCUUCACGCGCAGUGUCGACACGACGGUUGACUGGUGGGGCACGAAUGUGGUUACAAGCCCCAUCCUCCAUUACGCUUGAUCGUGCUUUUUUUUCACCCCACAAAACGAAACUUUCACCGAUUCAAACCCGAAAGCUUUAACCAACGAUCCUUCUUGGUCGAAAGAUGAAUAGUAUAGUGCAAAGCUAAGAAAUCGUCCUAUCGGUCAUACACAUCAUCAGUAGUAGUGCAUCGGUGCGGUGUAACAGAGAUGAAGCUAUAUUUUUGAUGUUGAUUGUUUGAAAAGUUAAGUUCCACGAUGCCGGUGGAAGGGAACACCUCAGAGAAGAAAAGAUAGUUCACAUCCUCGGUGGCAUUGUGCGCGCGUCUACAAAACCUCAUCGAAAGCUUCGAAUGGCACACGCUAAGGAGCGAAUCAGAAAUCCUUGGCCGGACUCCGGGUUUUCCGGUUUUUGCGGAAAUUCAACACCAUCGCCCCGGAACCCGCACGACGGUGCGAUGAAGGCCAUGGCACAAGGCCACGGGAUGUAAUGUGUAUGUGCGCACGCCUUGUGUGUGUGUGCGUGUUGGUAGUGUUGGAAAAGAAAUCUACAACAGAGUGCAGGGAUAUGGUGUACCUUGUUCAGUAGUGACACUAGUCAUAUAGUGGGAAAAAGUCUCGAAGAAGGAAGCGUUUUUUUUGCUGAACGAAACUUAUAGAAGUGUAUAAAAGUUUGAAGUAAAAAAUAUUUUUCUGUUAACUAUAAUCUUCUAAAGUUACAUAUAAUAAUAGUGUAAUCCAAAAAAUUGAAUAUUUACGGGAAAACUUCCAAAAAGACAGGACAACAACAACAAAAAAAGUUCCACCCCUUUCCUAUGGAAACAUUCCUGCUUGACCGAUGUUUGGUGUUAUUGUAAAUUUGAAACACACGUGAUAAGAGAAAAGAAGUCUCACUAAUUUCGUUCACCAACUUACGGUGGUCCCACACACAAAGGGACCGGAAACCACCAGCAUCAUGAGUGGCGUCGGUUUUCUGGCCACGAUGAAAACGUUUGCCCCGAGCAUUCGGCGGCGGCGGCGCAUCGAGAAGCAAAAUCUGGAGUUACAUAACAACCACAACAACAACAAUAACAACAACAACGGUGGCAGCAACAACAACAGUGGCUGCAACCAUGCAACCCUCGGUGGUGGUGGUGGUAGUGGCGCAUCAACACCGGGCAGUGCUGGAACACCGGGCACUACGACCGGCAUUUCAUCGACCGCAUCGACCCCGACCGGACCGUCUGCGGCCAGCGGCAUACUCGGUGGCGUUGGGGAGGUUAUCUCACCCGGUUGGGACAUUGUGCCACCGAUCACACCACCGGCCGCCUUUCUUCCACCCGGCUACAAGCGACUCUCAAUGAAGGAAACGCGCAAGGAUAAGUUUGACAGCCGUCAUCAUCACGAUAGUGGCGUUGGUGGCAACGUCAGCACAUCGUCCGCUGGUGGUAGUGGCCAAUCGUCCGGUAGUUCCGGUUCCGGUGCGGCUGGACAUUCAACAGCAACCGAUACUGGCGGUGGUGGUGGUGGUGGUGGUGUUAGUGGUGGCAAUAAUGGCGCUGGACAAAGUAACGGUGGUGGUGGUGGUAAUGGUGCGGGAUAUGCAAUCGUAUCGCAACAUCAGCCGCUAGUAAAACCGGAACGGCCGAACAGUUUGGGACCGUCAAAGCUAACGCGACGGAUUGUCUGCUAUCAUGGCGAUGGUUUUCAAGAUAAUCAAAGGAAAACACCACCGCCGGCCAAUGAUGGCCAACAGCAGCACCAGCUGCAGCAUCAUCAGCUGCAGCAGCAAACGCAAUCUCUACAGGCGCAACACCACCAUCAGGCGCUCCAGCAGCAGCUACAGCAACAUCACCAGCAGCAGCAGCAGCAGGCUCAGCAGCAAGCCCAACAGCAGCUGGCACAGCACGGUGGCCAGCACGGUGGACAUGGGCACGGACACGGGCACCACGGUUUGCCGAAUCACAUCGUGCUGUCGGAGCUGCCGGAACCGCCGAUCCCGGUGUCGGAAAUUGGUCCGAUCCCGCCACCGCCCAUGUUUUCCACGCCCAGCCCCACCCUGGCCGGGACGCGUUCGCACGGUUCCGGUGGUAGCGGUGGUGGCAGUAGUGGUGGCAUCGCAGGCGGAGGCCAACCACCGAAUGUGCAUUCCACUAGUAGCAAUAGUAGUAUUAUGAAUAACAUUAUACCGUUAGAUAUGAACGAUUACGACUACGACGAUCAUGAAAACAAUGAUCAAGAAGAGGUUGAUUCCGAUGAAGACUACAUGUACCCAAUGUCCCAGCCGAACCCCAACAUUGACACAAACCGCAUCGACGAGAUACCGGCAAAGGAACCGAACAUUAACGCGGUCCCAUUGAAGUCGGCGCUGAAGAAGAAGGGUUCCAAUCCGGGCACACCGACGCAAGACAACCGGGCGCUGGCGGUACGAUACGAUACAAAUCCACCGGCUGCAGCCACGAUCAAGCCAGUUUUACGACCACGGAUUAGAAUAUGUUCCCGACCGAUGCGUUUCCAAAUUGGCCUACCGAGCACGAUGGAGAACAAGGAAAAUGCUCGUCCGUUCGUGAUCCGCGAGACUGGCGAUGAUUGUGAUCAGUCCGAUGGGCCAAUCUGUUACCGCGACGAAGAUGCGGACCGUGCGGCUAAAAUUGCACGCAAGGAAAGCCUCUCGAUAAAGCUAGCGCUAAGACCGGACCGGCAGGAACUGAUCAACCGGAACAUUCUACAGCUGCAAUCGGACAACGAGAAGCAAGAAUCGAAGGAAGCGAUCGGUGCCCGGCUAAUCCGCCGGCUGUCAAUGCGCCCCACAGCGGAAGAACUGGUCGAGCGUAACAUUCUCAAAACUCAAUCACCGGCGGAGGAGAAGAAACAAAAGGAGGAAAAGAAACGCUAUCUGCUGCGGAAGCUCAGUUUCCGGCCGACAGUCGAUGAGCUGAAGGAGAAGAAAAUUAUUCGCUUCAAUGAUUACAUUGAGGUGACGCAGGCCCACGAUUACGACCGGCGGGCAGACAAACCGUGGACACGCUUGACACCGAAAGACAAGGCCGCCAUCCGUAAGGAAUUGAACGAGUUCAAAAGCUCCGAAAUGGCCGUGCACGAAGGUAGUCGACAUCUUACCAGGUUUCAUAGGCCAUGACAACUGCAAGGAAGGGCCGAACAGUGCAAGCAAUUUGCCAUUCAUUACGUUUUACAUUUCUCAUUAGAAAUUACUACCAUGCAGCGGCUGACCGUGUACAUAUGAGCAGUGCAGUAUACAGCUAAUCCAGCGAUCUUGUCGUCGAUAAGCAACACUGGCCUACCACAUCGGUUGGGGGGUUUUUUUUUUUUGGACAAACAGAGGACAAUAUCCGGCAGAUGGUAACGAAUGCAACCAUUUUUUGUUUGUGUCGCCUGCAAACACUCGAUUAACGAUUAACAUCCAGCAGUGGCAAUGCAGAGCAAACCUUGCUAGAGAGUGUUUUCCGCUUUACAACUAUUGAAAGCUGGCUGUCCUCCCCCAUAGGGGGGACGUAUCCUCAAGCAAGGCCUGUACUGGUUAAUUAGUAUUUCCCACCACACGUCGUCAACUUUUAGAUUCCAACAUCCAAACAUUUCCAAUCCGGUAUCCCGACCAAUGCCAAUUGAUUCCUCGACGGC